AUGGUGGUGCUGCACAGCUCGGACAAGGGGAAGACCGGGGUGGGUGUGCCGCUGGAGCCCUUCCUGCACCAGGUCGGGGGCCACCUGAGCGUGCUGCAGUACGACGCCUACACAGUCUGCAAGCCCCUCGUCUCCCAGGAACAGAAAUUCUAUGAGUCCCUGCCACUGGCCAUGAGGUGCUUCACUCCGCAGUACAAAGGUACCAUCACGGUGCGUCUCCGGAGGGACAGCAGAGGCCAUCUUGGCCUGGUUGCCAACCCACUGAAGGAGAACCUGGAACCUUUCCAGGUCUCCCCAGAGUCCAGAGCGGUAGCUCUUUGGCAGACGCUUCAGCAGACCACCAGCAGUGAGAGCAGCCCCCGCCCCCUUGCCCAGCUGGCUCGAUCACUGAAGGAGAGUGCAGCCAAGGUGCUCCUGAGGUCCGACUGCCACCUCGGUACCCAGGCCUCUCCGCUGGUAGAGAGUGCAGACGGGAGCCAGGUGGAGGGAAAGGGCUUCAACCCAUGGGGCCUGCACUGUCACCAAGCCCACCUGACCCGUCUGUGCUCCCAGUACCCAGAGGACAAGCGGCACCGGUUCUUGCUGUUGGAAAAUGUGGUGUCACAGUACAAGAAGCCCAGUAUCUUAGAUCUGAAGAUGGGGACCCGGCAGCACGGGGAUGACGCGUCAGAGGAGAAGAAGGCCCGUCACAUGAAGAAGUGUGCACAGAGUACUUCGGCCUGCCUGGGCGUGCGCAUCUGUGGCAUGCAGGUUUAUCAAACCGAUAAGAAGAGUUUUCUCUGCAAGGAUAAGUACUAUGGAAGGAAGCUGUCGGUGGAGGGAUUCAGGCAAGCCCUUUCUCAGUUCCUCCAUGAUGGGAUCCGCCUCCGCACCGAGCUCCUGGAGCCCAUCCUGCGUAGGCUGCAGGCGCUGCUCGCUGUCAUCAGGAGCCAGAGUUCUUACCGCUUCUACUCCAGCUCCCUCCUCAUCAUCUAUGACGGGGAGCCUCCUCAGACGGCUCCCCAGACCACCCAAGGCAGCACUUCCGGCGACCCCGUCAGAGUCGACGUCCGGAUGAUCGACUUCGCGCACACGACAUACAAGGGCUCCUGGAACGAGCACACCACCUACGAGGGACCAGAUCCUGGCUAUAUUUUUGGCCUUGAAAACCUCAUCGGGAUUCUGCAGGAUAUCCAAGAGGGAGCGUGAAGCUUCUUGGAACUUUCUGGGAUUUUUUUUCCGGGCUGCAGAAUUUUGCCAAGGGACCCAAGCUAGGGUAGUCUAGAUUUC